AUGGAUGAUGAAUCAAAUGUGACAUAUAUAAUUCUGGAUGGGUAUGUGGGAGUGCAAAAAUACCGAUAUGUUUAUUUUUUCAUUACAUUGGCUGUAUAUGUUUUGAUAAUAUGCAGUAACAGCAUAAUAAUAUACCUGAUUCUAAUUCAUCAAAACCUCCAUGAACCUAUGUACAUUUUUAUUGCAGCUUUGUUGCUGAACUCUAUUCUUUAUAGUACUAAUAUUUAUCCAAAGCUUUUGAUUGACUUUUUAUCUGAAAAGCAGAUUAUAUCUCAUUCAUUUUGUCACUUUCAAUAUUUUACAUUUUACACUUUAGGUUCUUCUGAAUUCUUACUGUUAUCAGCCAUGGCUUAUGACAGGUAUGUGUCUAUAUGUAAACCUCUGAAAUAUCCAACCAUCAUGACAAAAAAAACUGUCAGUGUUUUCUUGGCUUUAGCUUGGCUUGUGCCAGCUGCUCAGAUCGCAGGGUCAACCAUGCUGAGCGCAAAAAGAAAAGUCUGCAAUUUCACUUUAAGUGGAAUUUUUUGUAACAACUCAAUGUACAGCCUUCACUGUGUAAGGUCAAGGGCGCUCUCUGUGUAUGGUGUUGUUCUUUUGGUAAAUCUUGCAUUUUUCCCUGUGAUACUCAUACUUUUUACAUACACCAGAAUAUUUUUAAUAACCUAUCAAAGCUCUAAUAUAGUCAGGAAAAAAGCUGCACAGACGUGUUUACCACACCUGCUGGUUUUAAUCAACUUUACCUUGUUAGGUGCGUAUGACAUUAUUAUACUGAGACUGGAAUCUAACAUACCAAAAAUUGCACGGUUACUCAUGAGUUUGCAAAUCAUUUUGUAUCACCCUUUGUUUAAUCCAAUCAUAUAUGGGCUAAAAAUGACGGAAAUCUUUAAACACCUCCAAAGAUUUUUCUGUCAAGUUAAAAUCAUCUGA